AUGCCAACCCAACCCGGGAGCCACAGCCGAGAAGAUUCUCUCCCUUCAGUUCCUGGUUCUGCUUUUGGCGGCUCUAUCUCCCGCAAUCGUCGCUCUUUUGCUGCCUUAGCUCAAAAGACUUCAAACGCUCUUGCUAGUCUGUCUGGAACAACUACACUACGUUCCUCCACUUCCUAUGGUAGUCUAUCGAGACAUAAGCUCUCAACCCCUGUGACCCCACCAUUCCACGCCGACACCUACGAGCAAUUGACGGGAACCUCGCGCCCUUCUUCUCCGGCCUUGGUCGACCAUCCUCCCCAAUCGCUGCUGAAGCGUCGUUUGACUCUACAGCGUAUUCCUACACUUCCCCACGAAAACCACCUUUCCCCGCCCGACCCCCCCAAAAUGCAUCAAACGUCGUCGAGGUUAUUGCGCAUGACCGAAGAUGAGCGCCCCUUCACCAAGGAUUUCAUGGACUUGUUCUCCACGUUGAUGGUCAGCUUGAAGUUGGAUUCGCACCGCGUUCGUUUCACCAGAUAUGACCACACAUUUACCUCAGAGGAGGCCAUCAACAAUUUGGGCUCCCUCAAGUUCUCCCAGUCCAAUCGCAUGCCUGACCCCAAGGACCCCUCCCGCAUCGUCACGACCACCACGACCACCACCUUCUCCAUGGCCAAGGAAAUGGCCCGAUCCGUUUGCCAGCGAUUUGUCGAUGCGCGUUUCAUUGAAUCCGUGGACGGCAAGGCGCUUCCAAUUUUCCCCCUCAAGGGCGCCCUCUUCCAGCUUACCCCAAAGGGCAUUAACAUCUUGCAGCGUUUCUGCCAGCGGAACGGCAUCACCGCCCGUCACGUGAUGGAUGUAUUGGAGUCGCCUCGCAAUACCAUGCAGUUGGUCAUUCUGGAGCGUGAUACGGAUUCCGACAAGCUCUCCCAUGAUCGCGCGACAAUCGAGGUGAUCUUCCGCCGCUUUGCUGGUCAAGAUGGUCCGAACGUGAAGAGCAGCAUCUCGACUUCCGAUUCGGACUCGCUCAGCGAUUACACCAACGGCCUAGUUGGUGUGAAGGUGGCUCGGGAGCGCAAGCUUCUGGAUGGAAAGAUUUACAGCAACACAUUCACUGGAAAGGCAUCGGUGGACUGGUUGAUGGAUUGUUCGACUACUAUCGAGCGCCGGGAGACCUGUUUGAUCGCGGAGCUGUUCUUGAAGUACGGCCUGAUCACGAUGAUUCAAGACGAUAAGCAGUUCCCUGACAUUGGGACGAAUGCUCAUUUCCAGCCUUCCAAGUAUGCCAUUUACGGUAUCACCGAACGUGGACAGCGCGUGUGUGGAUGGAUUGCGCGCGAAAAGGCACGCGAGGCUGCGACGACGUACGAUAGUCGUGGUAUGCCCCGUGAUUCCAACAAUGCCCGAUUGACCCACAUCCUUCAAGAUCCCGCGUUGCGUCUGCUCUUCCGUGAAUUCCUUCGCUAUUCGCUCUGUGAGGAGAAUCUGUCUUUCUACCUCGAUGUCUCGGAAUUCACUGCCAACUACCACAAGUCCGAAAAGAUGGGAACAUUCAACAAGGUCGACUCGGUGCGGGAAACUUUGGCUGCCGCAUAUGGACUAUACAAUGCCUUCCUAGCUCCCGGCUCUCCCUGCGAGUUGAACAUUGAUCAUGCCCUGCGCAACAGCUUGGCCAGCCGCAUGACCAAAGCCGUGGGAGACGAUGACUCCAUGUUCAAAAGUCUUCAAGAAGUGGUGCAUCUGUUUGAGCUUGCUCAAACAUCUGUGUUUAAGCUGAUGUCAAGCGAUUCGGUCCCAAAGUUCCUGCGCGAUCCCAAGUACUCCGUUGUCCUACAAGAACACGAUGUGGACAUCCUGGGAGGACCACGUUCAUACUCGCCCACACCAAUCGGCCCGCCUUCAAUCCCAGAGCGCAGCAUGAGCCGUUCGACUCGCGCCUGA